UAUCUCGUGAUGACAUCAUCGUGUGCGUGAAAUUCGAAAGGCGCAGGACCACAGCCACUUUGCUGAAAAUCAACUACCGGUACAAAAGUUACGAACUUAAAAACCAUGUCAACAAAUACAUUCCAAGGUCUGGAUGGUGAUAGGAACUCUUCCAGGGUUUUGAAACCCCCUGGUGGUGCAUCAAGUAAUCUUUUUGGAACACAAGCACCAACCGCUGCAGAGUCUGCAAACCAGUCCAGGUCCAAACAGACAUCUUCUAACAUAUUUGGUGACCCCUAUGACCCUGUAAACGAUGUAAGAAGGAGCGAUCAGAAAGCAGCAAUACAUAAACAACAGAAGGAGCAAGGACAAUUUGAUACACCAACUUAUGUUAGAGCUGAGAAACCACAAGAAGAUACCCAGUCAAAGUUGUUUGGUGACGAUUCAAACCAGUCUCGCCGUGGAAAGGGACAAGGUGAAGAGUUCCCAGCCUAUGACCGCUCUGUAUAUGCAGCUCAGAUGGUCCACCAGAAAAGCAACGUCCAAAGAGCCUCCUCCUUUAACCCCAUCACUGGGGAGACAUAUACUGGUUUGGAUGAAGACACACAGCCUGCCCACACUGGCAAAAGGAAAGGAGGACAAAACAUAGGUGCCUACAACCCAAUCACUGGAGAAGAUUACAGAGAAACUCAGACAAGGGAGUCUGCUAGUAAUGGUGAUGGUCCUCAGCAGAUUCGCAACAGCUCCAAGGUACUGGCCCCACCAGGCGGCAAGUCCAGUGGAAUCUUCUAGGCCGAGUCCUCGUCUAGGACACCAAGGUUACUGUGACGGGAUAGAGCAGCAGAACACUGCUUGGAUGGACAACCAAGAUCUGCUGGAAUACUCACCCAAACUCACCCAAACCUGAACAAAAAAUGGAUGUAAACUUUUUCUCAAAUCAUUGUUAUAAUGCAAAGUGCUUUAGAUGAUAUCAGAAACCCAUAUAGAUGUGUACAUACUUUAAAUUCAAUUUUCCUUUUUUUUUUACUAUGACAAAUUAAACAAAAAUAAUAAUUCUAUAGAAUUUUGUAAGUUCAGCUCUUUGCAAGAUGUUUGUGCAUAUAUGAAAGGUAUACAUAAGUGCAUGGGUUAAUUAUUUUGAUGUGUAUUUUUGUGAUAUUUAUAUUUUUAAGGGGAAAUGCAUUUGUUCAUGUUACUCUUUUCAUUUGAGUUUCCUAUUAGUUGAUCUUUCAAAAAAUUGUUUACGAGAUAUGUAUGCUGAUGUUUCAAAUUGUUAAACAUUUACUAAAAGGUGAAGCUGGUUGACUGUUAAAUUUGUGUUCAGGAUACCGAUUUACUGAACUUUGGUGUGGCAUGUGAUUCUAAUGCCUAUCUUUGGCUUCAUUUCUCAUCUUAUUUUUACCUUAGUCUCAAAUUCCAACAGAAAUUGUUGCAUUUGGCUUUCUCUCAUUAUAUUUCACACUGAUAAGUUCAACAUGAUAUACACAUUUGAUGGCAACUGUGUCUCCCAUUAGGUAAUGGUUGCAAUUCUGCAUGCUUUUUCAUAGAUCUAGACAUAUCAUAGUUUUAUUUUUACAUCUUGCUACACUUGUAUCUAUCCUGUAUCACCUAUAUACAUACACCUUAUUCUGUGACUAAUGUAUUUGUUGCCUGUUUAAGUGCUAUGUACCCCCAUCCGCCCAUAAAUAUGUGGAAAGAAGAUCUGGCUGUAGCCUGGGAUUCUAUAUAACUGAUAAAGUACCAGGACAACAGAGUUUGACAAUAUCUAACCUGAUCUGAUGGACUAGUGAAUGAAGGGAGAUAAGUCAUGUAUAUAGUAUACUACCAGCAAACAGCCAAAAAUAGCAUUUACCUCUGUGCAAUUUAAUUUUAAGUAUCAACAACAUUCUCUAUGACACGUCAUUGUCCCCUUUUUGUGGGAAACACAAAUAUUUGGAAAAUCAUUCACCUUUCACUGUCCUUUGUCUUGUGAAAAAAGUGAAAUUGAAAUUUGUAAGAAAGAGUCUGCGUGUUGGUGACUCUAAGAUUAAAGAAGUGUUGUUAGAAACAAGAAAAUUCAUGUUUCAUAUUAAAUCAGAUGUCUACUUCAUUCAAGAUAUAUUUUUCCACUAUGGCUCAGUAAUUUUGCUUGUUUAAUGGUGUAUAAAUGGUAUCUCAUACAAAAGUACUUAGCAGACCUCAAUGUUACUGCAGCUGUCCUGUGUUUUAACACAAUUAUCUUUUUGAAUCCUCAGAAUGAUAAUAUUUGUCUUUGUUUAUGCUUUACAUAAGAAGUCUAUUCAAUAGGCGUCACUUGUACCAAGAAACGAGUUGUUGACACAUGUUUAGUGUUCAGAUUUCUAUUGAUUUGUUUUCUUUUACAAAAUAUACAAGACCAAGACUUGUCUUUUUUUCAUUUUUGUUUAUUUUUGACCCGAAACAGUUUUUUUCCUAUUUAUACAUGUACUUGUGCACAAAUGAAUCUUCAUUUAUUAUAUAGAUUACAAAGAGAAAAAUGUGCAGUGCUGUCUUAUAAGAAAUGUUUAAAUGUUUUGAGCCUUGUUUUAUUUCCAAAUUUUUGCAUUAAAAUGAUUGGUUGAUAGUUGUAGAUUUUGUUAUUUGGACCAAUUAUAAUGAGAUUUUAUGUGAAUACUUGAGCAUGUUAGUGUCUUGCCAAAGUGAUUACCGGGUAUGUAGUGUUGUUCCUCUGUGGACAAACUUAUACAAAUACUUAGGCUUUCGGAGUCUCUCCAUCGCAAGACUUUCAGAUAUAAUUUAUACAGAGUAUUAGAGUGAAACAGUGAUUAGAUGUCAAGCUGUUAUGCCCGAGUUUGAUCCAGCUGCAAUAGAUACCACCAUGGAAGAGAUCAUGGAAAAGUGAUCUUGUCUGGUAGAUGCUGACACAGCUGUAAAACACGCUGGAAUUGUCUCAAAAGUGAUGUAGAUGCAUUUAGAACAGCUACCUUUGUAGGUACUGACAUUGAAAAGUGAUCUCUGAACAGUGAUCUUCGUGUCAGACAUUGUACACGCUGAUACAACAACCAUACUACCUUGUCUUAUGUAGGUACCGACAUUGUCUAAAAAGUGAUCUCCAUCUGGUGGACACUAUUAUUAUAAACAUACUGAAAGAAUACUUGUCUUCGUGAUACAAGUACCAUUCUAUCUCUAGUUCAGCUUGUCCAACGUGGUUGUUUAAACUGUGAUGUUAUUGGUGAAAGCCUAGGUGUGAUAUAACAGAAUGUCUUUUCGUACUAAUGUGUUGUCAAAGUUUCACUCAAUAAAUUCUAUACAAUUCAA